AUGGCGGACCUCGGUGAUCCCGAUGUUGGGACAGUUUUUUACAGAACAAAUGAUCCAAUUGAAAACCUUAAAAUCAAAGUUGAUUUGAAGCGUGUAACCACCGCAGCCAUAGUUCCUCCAACUGGACCCCAGCAGGAUGGUACGGUGGAGUUGCAGGAUAUGCAAAGUGCGUACCCACAGAUUUACGAACCAGAGAGUUUGGUUGUUGAAUGGCAGCAGAAGGUCUUUAGCCAGAAAGAAAUUGAGACCUAUAGACAUGAUAAUCCAGAUUUUAAUGUGAUUGAAAGAAAAUACCAUGAAGAGAUUACCAUUCUUUUGAAGAACGAAACUCCAACAAACCGCCUCUUCACCUAUGUAGACCAUGAUUCCUUCUCUUACAUGGACAGUUUGUACAUGACUACAUCACCUAAAGAAAAACCAAGCCACCUGGCUGUCAAACUUAGUGAGGUUCGCCAACGCAGAUUUGGAGGUCGCCAAAAAAGGGAAAGAGAAUAUAGCAACAUUCCGAAAUCAAAUGUCAUUGAACCAAAACCAUCGAAAGAAUUCUUGCUCAAGAAUCACUUGGUGCCACCACCUUUACAAGUGAUGUACAUAAUGGCAGAUCUCAGUCCAAAGGGCAGCCCGCCGAGUCCAGAUAAUGAAUAUGUGUUGUGUGAGAUUGUUCUUCAGGCUCCGGGUGUCCUGUCCAUCAAUCCCGACUUCAACUGCGGCCGUGUGCCAUACAUCGUGGAAACAACGUCGCACAGUAAUGACUGUGGUGGUGAAAUAUUUGAAUACACCAUUGAUCAUAAAUCGAAGAGGCAAAACAGUCAAGAGAAGGACAAGGAAGUGAAAAUGUACAGAGAGGUGUACAAUCGGCACAAAGACUUCCUGCAGGCCUGUAUUGGACAUGAUUUUGAGAUUCCAAUGCCGAAUGUUCUAAGACUAGUUGUUUAUGGAGAAAUAGAGUCUACCAAAGGAUUUGAAAGUGAAAGUUUAUAUCUUAAUUUCUUUGUGGAUUUGCCAAAACACUGGUAUGUUGGCAGUCAUCAACAGAUGGCCUGGGUUACCCAGACUUGUUACACAAAAAUAGAAGAUAACGAAGAUGUUGCUCAUUUCAGCUAUCCUUUUAGUUUUGAACUGUUUUAUCGAAAUGAUUCUGUAAGGGAUGACAAUAAAGAGGAUAUGCCCCACUUUCCUGUGAUCAUGAUAGAAGUCCUUUCUCUUGACUCUUGGAACAGAUUUUGUACCGAGGGUUACACGUACAUGCAGAUUCCUACAAAACCAGGUGUGAGCAAACACACGAUCAACUGCUGGCGGCCGGUGGGAAACUCGGUCGUAGAUCGACUGCGGCGCUUUUUUAUUGGAGGAUCACCAGAACUGGAAGAUCCCACUUACACAUUUGUGCCUUCAACGUUUGAGGGAAGCAAUCUCAGCCGAUUUGGUUUCCGCACGGAGUCCACUGGAACUGUCAGCCUGCGCCUUAAUGUUCUCAUGCAGUCUAGACAAUUUUUAGAGAUGAAGGUAAACAAGCGAAAUGUGGGAAAUCUUCUGGAGAAUAUGGGAAUCACUGCCAUGAAUGUCAACAUUGGAAAUGUGCUAGAGGCCUUUAAGAAAGCUCGACUGAAGAUGCUUGGAGCCCGAGAAGAAGCUUCCAAAGCCCUGUUGAAGGAUGGUGUAGAGGCCGAAUCCUGACUUGAUACAGAUACGGGUUUAAUGUGAUAAACAAACACUGGCAGGAGAUCACCAGUUCAGGAAAACAGACCAGACAAACUUGGGUCAACUGCAGUGCUUAUCUUGUACUUUGUGCUCUAUUGUCCUGCCUAAUUUCAAACUAAACAUACAGUGCCAAACCUUGGGGGGGGGGGGGGGGGGGGGGGAUGACUUCUGCGCAGCUAACAAGAAAUGCAGUAUACUUCUUUUCAUUGCUUAUCGACUACACGUUGAGGCCAGCUGUGACUAUGAAUGCUACUGUUGUCUGUAGAUCACAUGAAGUAUACUAUUUUAAAAAUAGUACAGUGAAACUCAUCUGAACAUUUCCAGUUUUAAGAGGUGUCUGUAUUAGAGAUGUACUUUUCUGCACAGAUAUUUAACAAGGGACUUUGAAAAAUAUCUGGUUUUGAAGGAAUUCCAGUUUACAGAGGAUCCGGUUUUGAGAGGUUUCACUGUACUAUGAAAUUUUAAAUACACAGAAAAAAAGCAUGUGUGUUAGAGAUCUAUACUACACAGUUCUCUAACAGCAGGCAUUGUUAAACAUUAUAUAAUCAUGAAAUCUAUAAAAAUCUUAUAGAUGCAAGUUGAGUAACAAGACAUUUCUCUGAUUACAUGUAACGGACAUUGUUAUUUAUUUUUAUUUACUUGAUUUGUAUGCUUAUAUCCAACUAAGGUUUGAAUGCGCUGUCCCAGGCAUGCUCCUCUACUACCUGGGUUGUGUGUUCAGACAGAAUAUAAUGGUUAGUUGCUAGAACUUAGUGAGAGAGAUAUUAGUGUAGACUUACACUUCACUACUAAGCUGUUCAAACUCAUUCUGGGUUGGAAUACAAACCCAGUACCCACCAGCCUUGAGUUAAUGGCUUGUCCACUGUGCUACUGAAGCUGGUCUGUAGAAGAAACUUGGUAAUAGCGACAUGUAUGCAUAAUAUUGAUACAUCAGAAUGGUGUUAAGUAGCAUAAACAUGAGAACAUUGUCUUAUUUCUUGUAUUGAGGGCUGAUCAUUGGCCUGUCCGUCCAUACAUAUUGUAUUUAUUCUUGCGUAUAUAUAUAAAUACAUAUUUUUAAAAAGAA